CGCGAAAGCCAUGCGAAUUGACCAUCGUCUCUCCAAUUCAAGUUUCCUUCACCAAUCUCCUCCCCAAGCACCCAAUCCCUGGACUAGGUACCUAUCAGCCUCUCCAAACCAUACAAAGCAUCAACUAUCGCAAUGGCCACCCCGGGCUACGUCUAUACCUUCUUCCGCAUCCCCAAAGAAGCGGCCACGAUCCGUGCAUCAGCUGCACAGUAUCGCGCCCUCCGCCUGGAAGCCCUCCAAGUCUCGCCUGGCUCCUUCUCCUCCACCCAUGCCAUCGAGUCCGCCUUCACAGAGGACGACUGGAUCGCGCGCCUCACCGUGCCUGACCGCGAGGUGUUCAUCUGCGCGGCCACCCCAACCUCCAGCGCCACCCGCCCCAACAGCACUGCGACUGACCGCGCCGAAACGCAAUGGAUCGCCCAGGUCACCCUGCGCGGCCCCACCCCAGCUGACCAGUUCGCCCUCCCCGCCGCUGCGAACCCGCCCGCGCCGCGCCCGGACAGCGAGGAAGAACGCUGGCAGAUGCUGAGCUUGUUCACCCUCCCCGCCCACCGGGGCCGCGGGCUGGGCGCGCAGCUGUGCCAGGCCGCGCUGGGGUGGCUGCGGGAGUACCGGGCGGAGCCCGCAACGGUGCAGGUGCGGCUGAUCGUCAAGGCGGGGAACGACGUGACGGUCAAUCUGUACCGGAGGCUGGGGUUUGAGGACGCAGGACGGGCCACCUUGGUCGAGGCGCUGGUCGCCAAUGGAGAUGAGGAGUUGGUGGAGGUGAGACAGGGGUUAGUGAUGGUUGUGAGGUUGCGGCGCGGUUAG